ACCAUAAAACACCAUAUACUAAUCCAACUCAUCCACGUGUUUGUCCUGCAUAUUCUUUUUGCGUUGAACGUAACACUGUUGCUAAAAUGGUAGCCACGGAUCAAGAUAAUCCUAUGUUAAGUAACGAAUUACCAACAACGUUACGUGACCUAUUAAAACCGAUUAAACAAACGGCCUUGAGAAUGAAACAACUUAGCCAAUUAAAUAAUGAGGUACCCCAUAACGAAAACGUCUACUGUCAAUUACCUCAAAAUAACGAUUUUCAUGAGCCUGAAAAUGUACUACCAAUUUGUCAAUUGUGUGCUAUGAAAUUCAACGAAUUACAGUUGAAUUUGAAUGACACUGUAAUACCAAGAGAAGAUAAUGUGUUUGAGAAAGAUAAUAAUGUAGAUGGUCAAGUUUUUCUUCGAAUAUUAUCAAAACCAAAUACUGAAACUCAAGAAAUUAUUGUUGAUCCUUUUCUGAGUGUUAUUCAACAGAUGAUAUCCAACAUGUCAGAAGUUCCACAAGAAGUACCAUUAUGCAAAAAUACAAAACAAGUAUGCCAGUUAUGUUCUGGUUGUUUGAAGCGUAAACCAAUAACAACCAUCAUUGAUGAAUCUAGUAAAUUAAAAGAAGACAAUGGCGUACAAUUUAAAAAAAGUUUCAGACCAGAACCUGACUCCUCAAUCUUUGACGAUGAUUCACUGAGCGUUCAAUCUUACGAACUUGUUAAAACAAUGGACGUUGCAUGUGAAUGUAAAGCAGAAACAAUGAACGACGAAUUAUGUUUCUCUUCAAUUAAUAAUCGUCAUGAAGAAUCUAAUUGCGAUGAUCAUGAUAAAUCUCUAGAUCCAUUAGUAUUAAAUAUUUUAAGAAUGUUAACAAAUGAUCAUACACCUAAUCAAUUAGAACAUUUAGAUCCAAUUUAUUUCAACAAACCUAAAUCUCAAAAAUUAAGGAACAAUACGAGUGAAGUAUCGUCAAAUAGAGAUAAAUCCAUUGAUUGUACUCGCAAGUUGAAUGAUGAUUCUAAACUCAAGUCUGCUAAUAAAAUUGAAGUAACAGACGAAUUGUUAAACGUUGCAACGUCUACUUAUUCGAUUUCUAUAUUGGGACAAAUUAAUUCUGUGUUACAAACGAAAUCAGUCAAAGGUCAGACAAUAUCUUCUUCAACUCAAUACGAUGUCAGGCCUGAGUAUAUUCAGAAAAUACCAUCGAAUACAAUGGAAAGUCAAGUAAAGCCUAUAUUUGAUUCACGAAAGGUACCGAAGAUAGAAGAGGAUCGUAAUGAUCACAUGGAAAUAAUUGAAAAGCCUUGCCCGUGCAGAUGUGGAUAUUUUUUAGAAGGUGAUUCUAAUUGUUCUUGCGGAUGUGCAAAAUAUUCCAAUUCGCCAUGCAUAGUUCCAAAUAAUUCAAAUCAAAUAAAAUAUGUGACAGAGAGUACGAAUAAUUCUUCAAAUAAUUUCAAAACAUCAGAUCAAAGGUCCAUUAAAUCAAAGAAAAGUACACGAGAAGAAAUCAAUAGUCAAUUGUGUAAUUGCAACGUACCCUCCACAAAUAUAGAAAAUAUUCCUUUGGAUCCAAUAGUUAAACGAAUGAACGACAUUAUUGAGAUUCAAAAUUCGAUAUUUGAUUCAGAAGAAAAAAAUCAAAUAAACUUGAAACAUUUAAACGAUAACAAACAACUUGAUUCGGAAGAAGAAGAAGCACGAAAAUUGCAAGAAAAAAUUGAACUUUAUAGAAUGGAGAAUGAAUAUUUUCGAAAAUUAAUACAACAAGCUUGUAAUGGUUGUCAAGAAAACGCAGAAAUAUUGUCCCGUUCUCCGCCAAUCAGAGCAACGAAUUCUGGAUUAGCAACUGCAAUUGAAAUCUUGCAAGCUAAAUGUCGAAGUAAAGACAGUAUAAUAGCCAUUUUAGCAGAAGGAUUACGUGGGGUUAUCAAUUGUGCUCAAAUAGCCAAAAAUUUGGCUGCUCCGUGUCUCGAAUAUUCUUAUUGGGAUUUUGAUCGGUCUGCACUUUAUGCUUAUUUACGUAAUACCAUGAGCAAACUUUCUUUGGAAGAAAAUAAAAAUUCGACCUUAGCAUCAAAUCUUAAAACAGAAGACAGUGAUAAAACUCUUGUUGAUUGGAAUCACAACGAUACUGUACCACCUCCAAUGGAUUUCAAGAUAGUACAAGAAUUUAGCAGAUGUCUUUUUCUUUCAUGGAAGAUACCCAAUGAUAUUAGAAAUGUCGAUGGAUAUCGGAUUUACGCUAAUGGAAAUCUAACGAAUAACGUGAGAUCUUCAAAAAGAUCAAAAACCAUUUUAGGACCUACGGACAUGUCAAAAGCUAUGGAACUAAAAUUGCAUAGUUUUAAUAACAAUGGUAUAUUAUCCGAUUCAGUAACUAUAAAUUAUUCCCCAAAAGAACAAUAAUAACCAUUGAAAUAAUCCCAAAAUUUGACCUGAACAUGUUUUUUAGUAAUAACUCAUUUUUGUUUUUGUUAAUAAAUAAAACAAGGGAUGA